UUUGAUAACAUUUUGGCGCCAAAAAAUCUGAAAAAAAAAAAACAACAACAAAGAAGAGAGCAAUCACCGACUCACCGCCAACACGCAUUUCAGACAACAAUGUCCACCAUCUUCAUCGCCCUUCAAUGUUUCCAAUGUUCUACCAUGCAGGUGAAGCAAAAGAAGAAGAGCAGUAACAAGUGGACCUGCGUAGUCUGCAACCAGAAGCAAUCAGUGCGGAAGGUGUUCGCUCAAGCUUUCAUGGCCAGAGACGUCCGCAAAUUCGUCCAGACCUUCAACAUGUCCCGCCAAUUCGCCCAACAACAAUGCCCCGACGAAACCCUAGCUCCAUCACCAGAACAUUCCAGCAAUCAGCCUCUGAACAAUCACAACAACACGAGGACUGACUGGACCGAGUACAUUGAUCCGGAGGACAAUGACGAUGACCAAGUCAAAGACCAACGAGAGGAUGUGUUUGAACCGAAGAUUGUGACAGAGUUGCCGAAGGCAUUGUUCAAAAAACCUAAAUUGAAUACUAAUUCCAGUGGAUUGGGGACUGAAAAUGGUGAAAAGGGUUUCAGGGCUGUUUUUUCCAAGAGAAAUUCCAAUAAGCUUGUGGUCUCUCAAGAUAAGGAGCCGAGAAAGGAUCUGCCGACAACAGUUAAUAGGGCUUCCAAGUGGAGAGAGUACACAGCACAAGAUGAAGAAGACAUUUCUGCGGACAAGGAACCAAGAAAAGAUCUGCCAAUGAUGAGCAAAGAGGCUGCAAAAUGGAGAACUUACGCAGCACAAGACAAUGAGGAUGAUUGUCACUCAACAACAGCCAAAGGGAAAUCUAAAUGGAGCGACUGCAUGAUCCAAGAAAAGAAUGAAGACCUUGCAGCAGCUAAAGUGCCAUGGAACUGUCGGCCAAGAACGAUGAAAGGAGCUUCAAAAUGGGACAGUUACAUUACAGAGGACGAUGAUGAAGAUGACUUGCAGCUCAAAACUGGAAGAGAAAUUGCAGAUCACAAGGGUCGAUGGGAUGAUAGUGUAUUUGAAGCCACAUUGUAUGAUGAAGGGGUAGAAGAGGACAUCCAUCCAGAUUUCCAAUAAGCUCUCUCAUGUUUGUAUUGUUUGCCUUUUACACUUACUCAUGUCCUUCAUGACCUUGUAGUGAGGAACACUAAUUCUGACACUCGGGUCAAUUUCACUAAGGCGAAAUGUGAUUCACAGCCUUGGAGAAAUGCUUUAUUUCCUAGUGCAUUUUAACUAUGCUUGUUGGUUUGCUUAUAUUGUUUUUUUCUUCCUUGAAUACAAAGAAAAUAUAGUAAACCCCAA